AUGGAUCAAAAUUUUCCAUUGUCAUUAAAUUUAACUUUGACGUUUACUGAAAUAGAUGAUAUUGUUGGCCAACUAAAUGCUAAUAUUAUCAUAAAUACAACUCAUUCAUUUAUAAUGGCUACAUCAUCAAAUCAAAACAAAAAUAUUAUUGUUGGUGUUUUAUUUCAAUCAGGUUUUGGUGGUCAACUUAUUCAAAAUUCGAAUCAAAAUAAUAUUAUUAACUCAAAACUUUCUGCUGCAGCUGUCAUCAGUCCUGAUUCAUUGAUUGAUGUAACUCAGCUUAGUAUGUUAGUCAUUGAUAAACCUACCUAUUAUCAUCAUUUAACGAGUUUUACGAAUAAGAAACUUGUUUCAUCAGUGAUUGUAGCAAAAAUUCAACGAAAUAGCUCUUCUUUUUCUAAUCGAAUGAACAUUUCAUUGUAUUUCACUAAACAAUUUGAAUACAAUACAUCAAGUGAUACUGUAUCGAUUGGCAACUUGACUUGUUCAUAUUAUAAUACAAGUACUGCAAAUUGGGAUGAAUCAGGUUGUACUUUACCUAUUUACAAUUCUUUAUUCAAUCGUUAUGAAUGUAGUUGCAAUCAUUUAACUACAUUUGCUCUUCUAUUUACAAUUGAUCCUUCUUUAUCUACAAAGCAUUCUACAUAUGAAUCGACUACGCUUAUAUCAAGUGCCAUGUCAACGAAUACGAUAUCAUCUUUGCAAAAUCAUAGUUCAUCAAUCAGUAGUGAUGUUCAAACGACCACACGUAAAUAUACAUAUAUAUAUUUAUAUUUAAAUAUCUUUAUCAAUAUUUUCGUAGUCUCAGAUUUUUGA